UCUGACUUCCUAUUUGUUGGAAACAUAACAAAUCAUGAGAAUAUUAACUUUUCACUUCAUUCUACAGAGCUUAGGGAGGAGGAUUUGGAUAGCAGUAACAUAGUGUUUCUAGGACCGUUUUCUGACAGUGAGCCACAGAUUUUGGAUGAUACUUUGCCAAUAUCCCCUCAAUCCACAUCAUCCUCCAAGGCAGUGAAGAAGAUGCUGAUAGUUCACAGAGGACAGGUACUUCCUGAGCUCAUAGCACAUUUCUGUGAUGACGGACUUUUAGAUAAAGAUUUCAAAAUCCAGCUUGUACUGCCAGAUGGAACACCUGAGAUGGGUUAUGAUGACGGAGGAGUCGUUAGAGACUGUCUUUCUGAAUUCUGGAAAGAUUUCUAUGACCAGUGUACUACAGGAAACACUUAUAAAGUGCCUUUUCUGAGACAUGAUUAUGGACAGCAGCAGUGGGAGAGUGUAGGCCGAAUAAUUGCUUUUGGAUGGACAAGAGAGAAAUAUCUUCCUAUGAAGAUUGCACCUGUCAUACUAGAGCAAGCAGCCUUUGGACAGGUUAAAAGUGAGGUGGUGGAGAAUUUCCUUAAGUGCAUGUCUGAAUCUGAGCGCUUUGUGUUUCAGUCAUGGCAGUCAGACUUCAGCAGUGUUGACAAAGAGGAAUUGAUAGAGAUUCUUGAUAACCGCAGUUGCAGACGAAUGCCCACUGCCAGCAAUGUAAACGAAAUCCUCCAGGAGCUUGCACACAAAACACUUGUCCAAGAGCCUGCUUAUGUUAUUGAACAGUGGGCCAAAACACUCAGUAUCAUCGGGAACAGCUUCCAGGACCUUUCUUCAGUGUGUGAAAACUUGCAACCAAAUGCAAGAAAAGUUUUGAAGUCCAUUGUCUUUCCUGAGGAAAUGAAUGUCCAUCAGAAGGACAUUCAAAAGUACGUUAGCACGUAUAUCAGGAAUGCAGAUUUGCAGCAUCUGUCCUUGUUUCUAAGGUUCUGCACAGGUUCAGACCUGUUCCUGGAUAAGAACAUUCUUAUUGAUUUCACAAAGAUUCAAGGGUUUCUCAGAAGACCUGUGGCUCACACAUGUGGCUGUGUCCUUGAGCUGUCAAUCUAUUAUGAUAGCUAUCCAGAUUUCAGUGCUGAAAUGAACAAGGUUUUGGAGUCUAAUGUAUGGGUCAUGGACAUUAUUUAGUUUUGAAAGUGGUGGAGGUAGAGGGUGGAGUUCCACGGUUGUGGAACUCAGAAAAAAAAGGACUUAAGGUGGCUAUUUAAAGUAACAAGUUGCCUAUCAAGAUCUAAGUAGAUGUUUUAAGGAUUUUCCCCAAAAUUUCCUUGUCAGGGUUUAAGGUUUUAGAGAUAACUUUUUACCUGAGUAAUUUCCAAACUUUCUCCAGAUGUAAUAAAACGGGAUCAACUGUUUGUGAUAGGUAAAUGUUGGUUUGUGCAGCACAGCUGUUGGUUUGUUUAAGGGUAGGUUGUCAAAACUCAACAAGGGAGAUAUUCUACCACACAUGCACAAGUUCUGCAUAUCUGUUAACUGUCAGGGGAGCAGUCAAAAUUCUAUCUCUGGAAAGCCAUGAUGCCAUACAACAAAAUGUAGCUGACUUUUGUUAUGCCAUAAUUAACAUGUUAAUUGUUAGCUGACAUAAUAAAUCAUAAGAGGUAAAGUGAAAAUUACUGUAGGAAGUAUUUAGAAGUUCACAGCCAAAAUAAACAAAAAUAGGAACUGUUUAUUGUUAUUGUAUCUUUUUAUGAGACACAACUAUGUUGACAGUUGUACUUGUUACAUUGCAUCCAUAUUCAUAAUAAAAUCGUUUUCUAAUUUCUUUUUCUUUUUUGCACAUUGGAUUUCUUUUGUGGAAGGUUAUGAAAAGAGUCUUUUUGUUUUACUGGACACAACUUGGUAAAUUUCUUUAUCUUAAACUUAUUAAAUGCACUAUACACCAAGGCAAAUUUUUUUUUAAGCAUUUGUGAUUUAUAUUUGGGGAUGACAAAGUAAUGGAUUGUUCUUUGUUGACAGAAUACAAAAUAAAUACAUUUUGAAUAAAGUUUAGAGCCUGUUUAUGAUUUGCUGUUGCACUGUAAAUAAAUUGAUUGGCCAUAAUACUGAAAAACAUGUAUAUGUCAAGAGUAAAGACAACAUUUGUACUCUUAUCAAAUUAAUACCAACUGCAAACAAUAGCAUAUUGGUUAUCUGUUACUAAUAACAUGAUUAAAACAUUGCUUCUACAUGUAAUACUCCUGUCCAUAUAUCAACAGUUUCCCUGAACAAGUAAGGCUAAGAAAACAGAGAGCCUGCAAAUGUUGGUACUAUUUAGUACUGUUUUGAACAGGAGGCUAGUAUUUUCCAUUAAUAAAUAAGAUUAAACACAUAGAAAUUAAUAAAUUGACCUUGACCACAACAUUGAAGGAAACUAAAAUGUUUAGUCUUUUUAGGUAAACCAUGGAAACAAAUUGUAACUCAGUCAUGCCUUUUAGUUUUACAAUCAGUGUUUACACAGGACAUAUAGACAUAAUAUCUGACUUGUUAGAUGUUUUGUGGACCUGGGUGAUUUAGAGAAACUAUUCCCUCAGCCCGUCACUGAUCAUUUGACGGAGUCUUACAUAAAGAUUAGUAAUUUCAUACACAUCAUCUGUCAUUACCAGUCUGUGCUCAGUCAUGAGUUCAGUGCAUAAGUGAAAUACAUCAACAUCACAGGGAAAGUCCUUGAAACGACAUUCUUCUAUACAUAUUUCCAGCUUUGUUAGAUUAGCAGACUGUAAAAAGUUUGGAACCCCGUACAGGUUGGGAACACCAUGCAUUAAUGUGGGACGACCAGGAGGAGCCCCAGGAUUAUUUGUAGAUCGUAUACGAUGGUCAUUCCAUGUAUGGACAACUUGAUCCAGCUCCACCUGUUUGAUAAAAAAAAAA